AUGUCACGUCGUAGAGCCUUUGACACCUCCCUCUCGGGCGGCAAGGGCAAGGCCCCCGCUGGAAACGCGUCCAAGGGCAAAGCCCCCGCUACCGUCACUCCUCCAGACGCCGAGACUGCUAUCAUGCACGUCCCCACCCACCCAACAGUCGCCGAGAGCACCAAAAAGGCUGUCGCGACCGUGACGCCUCCAGAGCUUGAUGACGCAAACUUGUGCUUUAUCUGUGCCGAGCCCGUCACCUUUUGGUCCGUGGGCCAGUGUGGCCACACCGUGUGCCACGUCUGCGCCAUCCGUCUGCGCGUCUUCUACAAGAUGCUCGAGUGCGCGUACUGCAAGACGCUCUGCCCUUCUCUGAUGUUCUCGCGGUCGGUCAACACUCCCUUCCCCGAAGGCCCGUUCCGUCACCCAAGCAACGCGGGCGCGAUCGAGCGUGCACAAGCCGAUGCGGACAAGCCCGAAAACAAGGGCAAGAAGUGGUACCAAGGUCUCGUGUUACCUGGCACUCUUGACUUGAAGUCGUUUGACUACGCGGACGAGAAGCUGGGCGUGGCAUUCGAGGACGAACAGGUGAUGGAAGAGUCCCUCUUGCUCCUCCGCUUCAACUGCCCGUACCCGGACUGCGCGCACAUGGCAAAUGGGUGGCAGCAGCUGGAAAAGCACACACUCGCCGAACACGGUCUGGUGUUCUGCAAGAUUUGUACUCGCCAGCUGUCUCGUUUCUCGCACGAGCAGGUCCUGUACCCACCGCACUUGUUGGCUUUGCACGACCCUUCUCGUCUGCAGAGGGGCCAGAAGCCACCCCGUCCCCGCAGCGACAAGGAGCAUGAGAUGAUCAAGGGCUGGGACGCACCUCACCCUGUUUGCGAGUUCUGUCACGAAGCGUUCUUCGGCCCCGACGAGCUCUUCAAGCACAUGCGCGAGAGGCACGAGGAGUGCUUUGUCUGCAAGCAGCUGGGUCACAAGGAUGUCUACUUCCAAAACUACGCAAAGCUUGAAAAGCACUUCAACCACGACCACUUCCCGUGCAACCAGCCCGUCUGCAUUGAGAAGAAGUUCCAGGUCUUUGGCAGCGAGCUCGACCUUCGUGCCCACAUGGUCGAGGAGCACGGUGAGGCCAUGUCUCAGCGCGACCGCGCCAAUGCCCGUACCCUUCACCUUGACUUCCGCCCCGAGUCUGGUCCCUCGCGUGCUGGUGGCCGCGGCUUCUCCCUGCCGUCUGGCCCUCCCGCCAGUGGACGUAUUGAGGCUCCCCAGGCCCAGCAGCUUGCUGCUCCGCCCAUGAACGCUGCGCAGGCCGCACAGCAGCGCCGCCAGGUGCAGACCGACCAGCGUGAGGAGAGCACUCGCCGCAGGAACUUUGACACUGGUCUGAGCGGAUCCAACAGUGGCCGUGCAUCGCCGGCUCCGGCUUCCGGCCGCCAGUCCCCCGAGGAGAGUGGCAGCGGUAGCGGGUUCAACACUCCCCGCGAGGAUGUGGACAAUGCCACCGCUCUCCGCCACGCCGCCUUGCUCAGUCGCAUGUCCAUGUUGGUCAACGACUCGUCGACCAAGCUUGCGUCGUUCCGCUCGUCUGUUCGCCAGUUUAAGAACAACGAGUCGUCGGCCAAGGACAUGCUGGACACCCUUUUCAAUGUUCUCGACCAGGACCCCGAGGCCACCAGUGGCGUCGUGCGCGAGAUUGCCAAUCUCUUUGACGCUCCCAGCGACCGCGACAAGCAAAAGGCCAUUCUGGAGGCUCUGAAUGCGUUCCGCAUCGAGAUCCAGGAGCAGUUCCCAGCCCUUGGCGGUGCCCCAACCGGUCUCGGGUCCAACUGGGCUGGUGUCUCGUCUGGCCGUAUCCUCUCGGCCAAGCGUGCCACCCACACGGGUCGCGGCAACCUCAACUCGCGUACUGUCUGGGACCGUGUUGAGGCUGCUGCCGCGUCGCACCCUGCCAACCGCCCGACGACGGGCGUCAACGGUCGCCACGUCCCCGGCGCCGGUGGUGCUCAGCCGACCUCGUUCCCUGCUCUCGGCGCGAACGCUGCUGCCGGGUCGUCGCGCGGCGCCGUCCACUCCACCCCUUGGGCCUCUGGCGGUGGCGGCGGUUCGUCGAGCAAGGCCCCGUCGGCGCUUGUCCCGCAGAUCCGCUCGGUCAACUUCCCGACCGUGUCGUCGUCCAAGCCCACCCCGGUCAACAAGGCGUCCUUCCCUUCCCUCCCCUCGAGCAGCUCGGCCAAGUCCAAGGCCGCCGAGCGUGCCGCCCUCUUCUCCAAGCCUACACCGCGCGACGAGUCGAUUGCGCGUAUCCGCGGCACCGCGCCGCCUGCGCCCAAGACCAACAACUGGGGUGUGGCGAGCGCCUCCAACGGUAUGGCGUCGAUGAGCGUCGAUGACAGUGACGCCCCCGUCGAGGAGCCCAAGCCUGCCAGCAAGAAGAAGGGCAAGCAGAAGCAGCUCCUCUUCACUGUCAGCGCUAGGCCGUCGUAG